AUGAUGAACACAAAUAACGAGAAUGGCUUUGAAGUUGGUUUUGCAAGGAAGGAGAUCCCAGCCAGUGUAAAGCACGGACAGUUGUAUAUGCAGCCGACCAGCAGUGUAGCAACUAUGAAUGCAGAUCCUGUUCCUGCACCAGUUGUGAUCAAGGACCACUGGCAAUGUUUGCAUAUGAUAAAUGAGCAUCUUACAUUUUGUGAGUUGUCAGUUACCCGGCCUGGGAUGAAUAGAUGUGACAUCAGUGAGGAUGAAACAACAGAGGCUCUGAAUGCAUUGUUUGCCAUUCCAGCGACUGCCACAACUUUUUCUUCAGGUAGUCCUCAUACUGCAGGUACAGGUACAGCAACAUCCAGCGCCUAUAAUAUAAGUGGACAGUUUGAACGUAGUAGGAAAAGGAAAAAUGCUCCAAGCAAUGGAAAAGAUCUGGCUGAGAGUUCUUACCACACACCAUCUUUGACUCCUUCCAUGAGCAACCAACAGUACCCUAUCAGAGAUGAAAGAACUACUGAUGACACGCGCUACAGUUCCGAGAGAGAUUCUGUGAGCAAACAUGGUCCCAGGCCAGUGAGCAAAUCAGCUGAUCUCAUUUCUGAAAAGCUGAAGCCUAAGCACAAGAAUCACAGUAGCUACUCAGAUGAAGGAGGUAUUAUGGAAAGGACCAAGGCUCAUCCCAAGGUAAAGACUAAAAUAGGGAUUGAUCAAGAUGAACAGAAAACAUAUAAGAAAACUAAAAUUGAGGAUUGGCAUCAAAUUGACAGAGGCCAGGACCACAUGUGUGAUUCAGAUGGUGUGGAAGUUCCUGAUGAACCUAAAUUUUUGCUUGCAAAGGCAAAAACAAUGAAGGGUUCACAUGAAACUAGUGACAUGUCUUUACGCAAGGAAAAUAUUGCUUCACGGUAUGAUUUAUUGGAAAACGUCAAGAAUGUUAAUGCUUUGGAUGUACCCUUUCACAGUGAGAAGAAAGAACAUCCUUCUGGUGAUAAAAAGGACUUUAAUAUGGAGGGCCGUUCACCGCUACCUGAUCAGCAUUCUUUUGACAGAAUGGCUACAGCUUUGAACACUGAGUCUGGUCCCGUUCAACAUGAAAGUAAGAACAUUGACAAAGGUAGUGGAACUGCUCAGCGGCUGCGCAUGUCAUUUAAAAAAGAAAAACUUCACCUUAGAAUCGAUAAUCAAGAUAUUCAGAACCCUGUUAAUCAAGUUGUCAAUUUUCCUUUGAAAGAAGGUAAACAAAAGGUCUGCCCUACUUCAGUAAAAUCUGAUUCAUUGAAAAUGAAAGCAAAGUUAGUGAGGUUCAAUGUGGAAACUGGAGUGCAACAUGGCACUGUUAAGCAAGCGACUUCAAGUAUUUUGGGCACAAGUCCAACAAGGAUGAAUAAAGGACAAGAACUCGAAAGUACAGGUCUGUACUUUGAGGCGGCUUUGAAAUUUCUGCAUGUUGCGUUUCUUCUAGAAACUCCUAGUUUUGACAUUUCAAGGCCAGGUGAUGGAGCUCGGUCAAUGAAGAUGUACUCUGAAACUGCAAAAUUAUGCAAUUUUUGUGCUUAUGAAUAUGAACGGUGCAAAAAAAUGGCUGCUGCUGCUUUAGCGUAUAAGUGUGUAGAAGUUGCUUACCUCAAGGCUGCAUACUACAAACACCGUAGUGCAAGCAAAGAUCGACAGGAACUGCAGGCAGCUGUACAGAUAGCCCGAGCUAUCUCAGUAUAUUUUUACAGUGGAAAACAAAUGAAUUUACUCAGACUGAUUUUGCAGCAUCCACUUUUGGUUACUGGCAUUCAGUUCCUUAUUGGAGGCAGCACAGGUCAGAGGAGAUUGCUUGCGAUUAGCUGGUACUACCGAAUAUCAGUUUCACCUCAUGUAGUAUCACUGUAUCAGUAUGUCGACUGGAGUUGA